AUAUUUGUCACAAAUUUUCCAGAUACCGGGUUUGUAUUCACUCGUGGACUACUCUUUCGAAGACUGGAACUAUUACACAGUCGACGAUGGAUACACAAGUCAAGCGCACAAAUCAAAGAACAUACACCUCACCAGAGGCAAAAUGCUCGGAGGCUCCAGUGGCGCUAAUUACAUGCUUUACGUUAGAGGUAAUAAGAGGGACUACGACGAAUGGGAAGAAAACGGACUGGAGGGAUGGUCUUGGGACUCUGUACUACCUUACUUUAUAAAGAGCGAGCGCCUACAUUCAGAGGAAAUAUUGGCAAGCCCUUCAGCUGAUCUGCACGGUACAGAUGGAUAUCUAGGCGUGACUCGGCCACUCUGGCAAGGAAAAGUAGAAAACGACUUAGAAGCGUUCAAGGAAAAUGGGCAUGAAAUUCUAGUCGAUACUAAUGGAUACAAUCAGUUAGGAUACUCCUUACCUACGUUUACUAUAGACAAUAAGACUCGUCAAAGCACGUCGUUUGCAUUUCUUAGACCUAUAAAAGAACGUGAAAAUCUGCGAGUAUUGGUAAACACUUAUUGUAGGAAGAUUCUAUUUGAUGAAAAAUGCGCAAUUGGUGUAGAGGUAAAGCUUCCAAACGGAAAAAUUAUAAAUCUGACGGCUGAUAAAGUAAUACUUUCAGGUGGAGCUAUUAACAGUCCACAAUUGUUAAUGUUAUCUGGCGUCGGACCCAAAAAACAUUUGGAAGAAAUGGGCAUACAAGUUUUACUAGAUGCACCAAAUGUAGGCGAAAAUCUCCAGGACCACCCACAGUUCCAAUAUUUAUAAAUAAAGGCAAGAAUAUUUCAUCGUUGCUUGAUAGUGUUGAUAUAGUAAAUAAUCUAGACAAAUAUCCCAAUCCUUUACUAGUGGGACACGUGGCGUUGAAUAAAUCACAAACAUAUCCUGAUUAUGAAACUUUUUCCCAUGCCGUUUGGAUGUUGGUUCUCCGGUAACUUUGCUUGCUUGUAGCCAUGUUAUUAGAUAUGAAAAUGAUAUAUGUGAGCAAUUUGUCCAGAUCGGAGAGAAAAAUCAACUACUUCUUGUACUUAACGUUCUACUUCAUCGAAAAUCCAGAGGAAGGGUUUAUUUGGAAAAUAAAAACCCAGAGGAGAAAGCACUCGUAUAUAAUGGUUAUUACUCGGACCCAGACGAUUUGGAUAAACAUACAAAGAUUAUGGAAGAUUUUCUAACCGUUUUAAAUACAACGCAAAUGCGAAAAAUCAAUGCAACAGUUUUUAGUUCUAUAAGUCAAUGUAAGGAUUUGAUAAUGAACACACCUGAGUAUUGGAAAUGCUACAUUUUGAACAUGGUCACUACUUUGUGGCAUCCUGUAGGGACGUGUGCCAUGGGGCCUGAGGGAGAAGGUGUAGUAGAUGCUUCGUUCCUAGUUUACGGUACCAAAGCCCUUCGAGUGAUAGACGGGAGUGCGAUGCCGAAGAUAGUUAGUGGAAACACAAACGCGCCAAUCAUCAUGAUGGCUGAGAAGGGUGCUGAUGAGAUUAAAAAGGCUCAUGGAAUACGUAUAUUUUAAGACGCUCAAAUACUAUGCGUGAUUUUCUUACUGGACUUUGUACUGUUUUGCCGAAUAUUUUCUUUAUUAAAUAUAAACUUUAGAUUCCAAUU